AGAGAGAGCGGAUUCCCUCGUCUCGUGUCGUCUCUCACGAGGGCCGCCCCGCGCUGCGCGUCCAUGAGGCCGAGAGGGAUUUGCGCGCCCGCGUUUGAAUACCGGCUCGAGCCGGUAAAGAGCUGCUAUAAAGAGAGAAGAGAGCAGGAAACCAUCGAGGAGAGACAACAGAUGCGGCUCUCUGUGGUAGUGACAAAAUAGACCAAAAUAUCGGCUCUACUACUUAUGUCUUUAUUUAUUUUUUAUUUGUAUUUUAAAAGAAAUACGUAAAUGAUUGAAAGGUAAAUAGUCUAAUACAUUAAAGAUGCAGUGAAAUGAGGAGGAGAGAGACCAGCAGAAGACUCCAGCCUCUCUGAGCGUCGGUAGCGGCGGCCUGCUGUAUAGCCAUGAGGGUGCCCAAUUCCGAGCGUUGUUUGGGUCCAAAUGUUUACCCAGAGGUGCCCGACGGCGGCUGGGGCUGGGCUGUGGCCGUGGCCUUCUUCUUGGUGGAGGUCUGCACUUACGGGAGCCUCAAGAGCCUGGGUGUCUUCCUCCAGGAUCUGAUGGAAGAGUUUGGAGAGAGCAACAGCCGAGUGUCAUGGGUCAUCUCCAUCUGUGUCUUCAUCUUUACCUUCACUGCUCCCCUGUCCACGAUGCUGAGCAACCGCUUCGGCUGCCGUCCAGUAGUGAUGAUGGGAGGCUUCCUCAUCAGCCUGGGAACCGUCACCUCGGCCUUCACCAACUCCAUCAAUGAGAUGUACAUCACCAUCGGUGUUGUCUCAGGCCUCGGCUACUCCUUCGCCUUCCUCCCCACCGUCACCAUCCUAGCCCAGUACUUCUCCAGACGGCGGGCCCUCGUCACCUCCGUCGCUUCCUCCGGAGAAUCCUUCGCCAUAUUUGCAUUUGCUCCGGCUUUCACCACACUGAAGGAACACAUUGGCUGGCGCUACUGUCUGGUUGUCCUCGGCACCUUUCAGGCGUCUGUGAUUGGCUGUGGGCUUCUCCUUCGUCCAAUCAUCAUUGAGCCGGAGCCUGUGAAGGAGGACACUGAAUCAGACAAACAGCCUCUCUCUUUGAAGCAGCUGCAGACUGUUUACGAGUUGGAGAACGAACAAACCGGGACUUCCAUCAGGUCAGGAGCGUCCCGGGGUUCAGAGGACUCUGGUGUCACCUCCCUCUCCACAUCGAACGGAGACCUGAGGACCGCAGGAGCUGAAAGCAAGGCUCUGAUGGAGUGGGAGGAGGUGCAGGACAAAGAGCCCAAGGAGCCAUCGCUGUCCACACCUCCCACCCCAGUCAAUCCUCCCAGCCCCAAACUUCUGGACUUCUCUGUGCUUAAAGACGGCGCCUUCAUCUGGUACUCCCUCUUUGGCUUGUUCGCCACGCUGGGCUUCUUCGCCCCGCAGCUCUACAUCAUCGAGCUGAGCAAGAGCCGCGGCGUGGAGCCCGGCAUGGCCUCCUACAUGCUCUCCGUGAUGGCCGUGGCCGAGAUCUUCGGCCGCCUGUCCAUCGGGAUGGUGUUGAACAAGGUCCGCUGCAGGAAGACCCUGGUGCUGCUGGUCUGCGUGGUCCUGCUGUGCCUGGUGCUGGUGGCCUUCACUAUCGUGUGGGAGUUCUGGGGCCUAGUGGUCUGCUGCGCCCUCUACGGCUACUUCAUGGGCACCGUCGGGUCCACUCACAUCCCGCUGCUGGCUGAGGAGGACGUGGUGGGCAUCCAGAAGAUGGCGUCGUCUGUGGGAGUGUACGUCUUCAUCCAGAGCUUCGCUGGGCUGGCAGGGCCGCCGCUUGGAGGUGCGUUGGUGGAUGUCACGCAGAACUACGGAGCUGCAUUCUACUCCUGUGCGGCGGGCAUGGGCCUCAGCGCCGUUUGCCUGGCUCUGGUCGGCCCGGCCAAGUCCGGCAUGUGCAAAAGACGGAGCGGAAACAAAGAGGAAGGCAGGAGCACAGAGGAAGAGGAGAAAAUGUCUCAGGAUAGCGGCCAGGCAGACAUUUCGGAUGUGGGCUUGGCCCUGGAGGACAGUCCGGUCAGACAGGCUGCGGAUCAGGACAACGCCUCUGUAAUAAGAACCUUACCACAGCAUGACAUCACCUCAUAACCACUGACUCGUCACCAGGACCAACAAGAAAUACAGUCCAGAUGCAGUGUCACUAACACUAAUCCCAGAUGCUGCUGGUUCCAAAUCUCAGGUGUCAAUCUCUCUCACAUUCUCAAAAGCUUGAAGUUCACUCCUUCCCAGGAAGUCUGUCCUCUAAUACCAAAGACACAUCCAUGCGGAGCUCAUGGUCACACCUUAGCUAUUUCACUACUUUACACACAUUCCUGUUCCAGCUGUUUAGGGAAAACCUCACUUUCACAAUCCUCCGUAUAUACUAUCAUUAGUUUGAGUACCUUUUAUCUCAGGAAAGACGUGUUGUCGUCAUGGAUACUGAAGCGCGUCAUGAGCAGGAGUUGAUAUCUGUCAGAAGCUGAAGUUGUGCUCAUCGAUUCCUGCUGAUGUCGAGGCGUGCGUCCUCAUCAGAGCCCUGCUUCAACACCUGCACGACGUGUCGUUCAACACAUGAUGGAUGCAAGCUCGACAACCACAUGAACACAGUCACAUCUUCACACACAGCGGAACACGCCGCGGCUUUAAAAUGUAAUUCUUGCAAAAUGAACCGUGGAUAAGCUACCUGUACACAUUUGAUGCAUGGAAGAAUGAUUUCAGUACUGCUAAAGGUGGACAAGAAAAGCAAUUUGUGCAUA